UGUGUAGAGGGGAGCUGACAGUCAGUCUACACUGAGCCCUGCUGGAUAGUAGCUGUGAGAAGCUGAGCCCUGAGCCUCUUGUAACUCCAUCCUACUACAUACAGCCCACCAUGGAUGUCAAAGUACUGGCUGUGUUGGCCCUACUGGCUGUGGUCAUGGAUGUACCUCCCUCUACGGCUAAGCCCAUCAGCCUGGUAGAGAGGUGCUGGUGUCGCUCCACUCUGAACACCGUCCCUCAGAGGAGCAUCAGAGAGCUCAAGUUCCUUCACACACCCAACUGCCCUUUCCAAGUCAUUGCCAAGCUGAAGAACAACAGGGAGGUCUGCAUUAACCCCGAGACCAAAUGGCUGCAGACGUACCUGAAGAAUGCCAUUAACAAGGUGAAGAAGUCCAGAAGACGUGCUCAGUAAAGGAGACACACCAUCCUGACCGGCCUGCAGUGCCCCAGUUCCAGGCCAGCUCUCCUCCUCCUCCUCCUCCUCCACUACUCAGAUAUGUAACUCUGUAGCUACACGUCUCUGCUCUGGAACACUCUGGAACGCUCUGGAACGCUCUGGAACAUUCUGGAACGCUUGCAAAACCAGCACUUCACCGCCAGACAGACCAUGAUGCCUUGCUGCUGCUGCUGACCCUGCAGCCACCCUGCCCCCCACACUGCAGACACCUCUCCUCACGCUGUUAGCACCAAGUGCAUAUACCUAAUUUUAUCGGAAUGUGUGAGUACGUGUGUAAAGAGUGUGUGAGCGCAGUGUGUUUUAUUUGGUGUGGUUGUUCUUA